AUGAAAGACCGUGUGCUCAGUGCGUCAAGAAAAACCUCUAUUGCGACAGAAGUCUCAAAUUCCGAUUUCGCCACAGCAGCCUCAGCUCAACACACCGUUCGAUCGUCCAACUCUUUCUCAGAACCCGAAGCUGAUCCCGGCUCUUCGGAAGACCAGACCGUUUCCCUCCUGCAAAGACGGGACGCAGAAUUCACGUCACCAUGUAUCAAUGUUCAAGAUGAUAUUGACGGUCUGGGACAUCAUCCAGCUAGCCCGAUUUACUCACACACAGAUAGUGAGCCUCAAGGCUCCAGUCAUCUAGACCAGGCCACUUUGCCAUUUCAUCAACCCCCUCAUCAAUUACCUGAGCUGGUGUUGCAAGAAUACACACCCAUUGCGACCGAGCAGACUGAGAGUAGUUGGCAUAAUACCAAGUAUACACCGCAAGGUACCAAUAGUUCAUAUGGUGAUAGGCAUCAGUUAGGUCUGCCCAUUUGCGUGCUCAAACAAAACGAUGCAGAGUUGCUUCGUCACUUCUUCUCAGGCUUCAGCAAUGCAUUCGAUCUUGGAGAUCCAGAUCGACCGUUCUCCAGUUGGUUGUCAACUCGAGUAUUGCAAUUUCCUCGUUUUCUUGAGUCUAUCUUGACGAUAGCGUCGAGACAUCUGGGCAAGGAGGAGACCAAUACAGCUUUCUCAAACUCAGCGGCUAAUGCAUCUUCUGAUCACGCACAACAUCUGCCCAGUAUUGCUUCAAUUAUUGACUUGACUAUCCAAGAAACUCAUUCUGUUACUAACCUGUUAUCGCGGUUUGUACGUACUAUGGAAGCGAAGAACUUGAUAUAUCCUUCCUCACUCGACCAAGAGCACAUGAUGGAGGAACUGACAGAACCUUUCCAACAAGAGAACAUCCCAGAAGCCGCGUGGUGGGCGAAUUUGCGACUGAAGAUCUACUUAGCAGUUGUCACUCAGGCACCUUUCGCAUCAAACUCAGAUUCUGUGUACGCAAAUAAGAAAGGUGUUCCUAUAAAUGAUAAAGAAUGGGCAAAUCUGAUGCUUCUUCACCUGGCAGACAUUUCCCGGUACUGCUUCUCGGACAACAAACAUGCUGAUCACUAUACUGCGCUACUGACAGAUCUCACUACAUGGUCGAAGUCGAAACCGGAUUCAUUUGAUCCAAUAUAUAUAUGUAAACACCUUGAUGGACAGGUCCUUCCGGAUGUCUGGGUGUACAACGAAUCAGUGGCUGCUGGCUUGCAAUACUAUCAUCUUGGUCGAAUGCUUCUCAUUUCUCACGAUCCGCGUCUUCCCAAGAUUGGACCUGCAAAGAACAGAGAAAUGAAGCGAAUAGAGAUCGAGAUGAAGAACGAUACUAAGAUAAUCUGCGCAAUUGCGGAAGGCAUGGGUGAAGCCAGUCCCACAUAUCUGAUUGCUUGCAUGGCCAUAGCCUUGGUUGGAGAUCUUUUCGACAGGCGCGCUGAACAAGAUACCCUCCUUCACAUUCUUACCAAUGCGGUCGAUCAGUUCGGAUGGCCAACUUCUUACAUCCGAGAAACUCUAAAGGAGACGUGGGGAUGGCUUAAACCAGGCCAUGAUAAUAUCUGCUAA